CAGCAUUCAGAAACAAAGCAACGUCCAUCUUGGUGCGUGGGGUCAACGGGAAUAUGCACUCGAAUAUUGCGCUUGUGGUUUUCGUUGUGGUUGCGAUCCUGACCACUAAAAGCUUGGGCGCUGUGAGAGAUCCACCCAAGGGCAGUAUAGAGUUACCGGCCAAAAUUACAACUGUGAAACCAAGCGCGCUGCCUAAUAAACACUCGAGUCACGGCAAUUCUGCAAGGGAACAACAACCACGGAAGAGAGCAGAUGAGGGUCCCGAAGAAACCGCACUCGACUACAAUGCGAGAGAUCGAUUGGACAGUGCAGCCACCUACAAUACAGGUGCGCAACUACAAGGUUUCGGGCGUGUACAUGCUCCUGUUUCCAUGCAGUAUGGCUAUCGGCCCAUCAUCUUCAGCCGUCGCGGUUUCCUAACACCGGAAAGCCAUUUUUACCUCAUGCCUUCCGCCAGCUUCCCAUAUUUUCCAUCUCCGUUCCUUUAUCUUGGUCCCUGCUCCUCGGAGUGUGAACAUUUCGCAACGCAUGCGCGGAACGUCUUCCUUCCCUUUCACCACAUAACCCCCACCAGAGCACUGCAUGACCUCGCUGAGUACCAUGGACCACAUUACAACACGGCCGGAUUUCAGCCCGGCGCGUUCCGAUACACGCCUCUCGCCCUCAAGACACAAGAACAGGAAGGGGUAAGUCUUGCCGGAGGUGGCCAGACCAGGCUCUCUGCACGCGCAAGGGAUGUCGACCAUACCAAAGCUGCGCCUCACCAUCUCCGAGACGGAAUUAAUAUCCAGUACCGGCGUCAAGAGUUCGUCAUCUGAGUAUCCUACUGUUCGUCUCCACUUCGGGGUGAAAAUGAGAUAAUUCUUUUCUCUGAUUCUCCAUACUGCGCUGCACUUCCAUAUGGCCCCUCUUACUUUACGUGUGAGAUUUCAGAAUGUCUUUUGAUCUAAGUCUCACACUUAAACAGCGGCUGAUUUCCUAACCUCGAACACACAUUCCCCGGAUAUUUGUGUUGUUGGCCACACUAUACUCCAAUACUGAAGUGACAAUGUUACUUUGGUAUGUAAUGUUUUAAAUAUAUAAACAUGA